AAGACUCAACACACGCUCUCGCCAGCCAACCGAAGCCACCGUACCCACCCACCCAAUGGCGGCAGCUUACCGCCACGUCGCGACGCGCGGCCUCGCCCUGGCCCUCGCGGCGGCCGUGGUCACGGCGUGGCAGUGCGCGGCGCAGCGGGCGCCGUCCGGCCCGGGCUGCAUGCCGGAGCUCGUCAGCCUGAACCCGUGCAUGGACUACAUGUCCGGCAACGCGACGGCGCCCGACGGCCCGUGCUGCUCGGCCGUGUCGGGCAUGCUUCGGGCCAGCCCGAGCUGCCUCUGCAUGGUGGUCGGCGGCACGGCCGCGACGCUCGGCGUCGCCGUCGACGGCGACCGCGCGCUGCGGCUGCCCGCGGCGUGCCAGGUCCAGGCGCCGCCUGCCAACCAGUGCGACGUCGCGGGAGCUCCAGUGCCGUCUCCGGUGGCGGGGACGAACACACCAGGGGCUCAGGCAGCGGCGGCGCCAUCGGACGCCAAUAAUGUCACCCCUGCAGGGUCUGGAUCGACCCUUCCAUCCUCCGACGGAGACAACGGCAGACCUGGAACGACCUUCGUCUUCGCCGCUGCGGCACUGGCGUUGCUACAUCGUCUCUGAGACACGAGAGUUUUCACGUGUCCAUCGACUCAUCGUGGACGAACCUUUCGUUUUCACGUGUUGGUGUUUGUCCCACCGUCAGGAUUAAGAGCUCUUGGAA